AUGAUUAUAUUCAAUCAUUUUCAACUGGAAUUGGUGGCCCAUCAUUAUCAAUUGGACAAAACGGCUACAUGGGUGGUCAGCCACGGCAACAAAUUAGCAUUUUGCAAAAUCGAAAAAGUCAUGUCAACCUUUAUGACGGCUACAAUGUGCUACUUAAAUCGAUCGCAGGAAUUUAUCGAAAAGAAACGGAACAUCCAUACUGACACUUGGUUUAUCAGAUUUUGCGGCUAUUCCAUCGAGUACGAGGAAUACAAAAAUCAGACGGUCCCCGCGAACUAUUCCAUGGCAUCGGUUAUAAGACAUCCAUUGACACGAUUUUUAUCGGGAUUUAUGGACAAAUGUGUGAAAGAGCAAGAAAAAUCGCCAAAAAUUUGCUAUCAAUGUAAUAGAAGCCUCAGGUACUGUCCAUUUUCUAUGCAAGAUUAUGCUAUCAUACCGUAUGGAGACGACGAACGAGGAAGGGAAAUUAUGGUGGAAAAGUUCUUAGGAGUUAUCCGGAACGCAAACGCUACUCAAGAACAACUGACGUACAUCGAGCAAGAGCUAAACUACAAAUCUCCGCAUGCUACCAAAAAUAAUGAUCUAAAAGAGCAAUAUAAAAAGGAGCUGUUGGAAAGCCCGGAAAUGAUGCGCAAAUUUUUGCACAUAUUUUAUUUCGACUUUAUCUUCUUUGGUAUCCCAUUGCCCGGCCUCGAGAAUAUGCCAAAC